AUGACGGGCAACAAUAAAGAUGCGACCGGCAGCUCCAGCAAGAACCAAGCGCUGAUGAAAGUCAUGCAACAGAAGAUGGAAAGUAUGGAAGAGGAGCCGGAGGAAGUCCGCGGACGUCACCACAAGAAGUCCAAGACGAAGGACAUUACUGCCAAUGCCUUUCGUGACGUCAGCCGUCGCAGCCCUUUUGUUUUGAUGGAGGAUGUCCCAUCCCUGGAGGAAUGGCAGCGAAAUCAGGAUCCGGAACAGAUGCCAAAUGUGGCAAUGGACGAACCAGCAUCAAGUUCAUCCGGACCACCACCACCAAGAUUGCGACACAGCUAUAAGUUGCCAUUGAUGUUCCUACCACUAGAAGGGGGAGAACAACAGUUCGAACAUGAUAUCCAGGGUUAUUUCGUGGGUGCCCUCAAACGUCGUGCGGUAGAAGUGAGUGAGAAACGGAUGGAUCCAGAAACGAAACAGUUGCUUGACGUGAGUAUCCCGGGAGGUUAUUUUGCAUACCAUGUGAUGAAAUAUGCACAGCCAUGGAUCUGGAACCUGGACCAAUCACCCGUGUCAAAAGAAGCUGUUACGGUUGCGCCACACGUCAGUGCGGAAGUAAGCCUGUUGCUGAGUGAGGCCACAGAAAGCACAGUGGACGCGAUCAUCAGGUUGUUCCUGGAUCACGUUGGGACCCCUAAAGCACACCAGGAUCGAGCUGUCAGUCUCAUCCGAGCUAUCAGUCUCAUCGACCUGGUGAUCGGGAAGAUGCAGUUUUUCGCAACAUACCUUACGGGUCCUGCAGAAGUAGUGCCCAUUGAGGAUUCUGACUCCUCAAUGCCUGCCACGGGACAGACGAGCAGGUUAGGUCCUCGACAAAGUGAAGACGUGUCGAUGCCUAUGUCUACGGCACCUUCGGACGAGCAGACCGUGCAGAAUUCGGGCAGUCAGACAGGGAGCCAGGCGUACAGUACUAUGUAUGGCACGUCUGCCCUUGCGAAUGCCACAACUGCAACGACCAAUUCCAACUCAUCGGGAUCAGAUUUCGAUAUCCCAGGCGUGAGCCAAAUCUCAAGUGAAGAGAGCAAGGAAAGUGAGCCCCCUCCGGCUCCCCUGCAGGUGUUCAACAGCCUCGAGCAGCAUCAAAAUGGCACCUGUAAACCGUGCCGGUUCUUCCAGUUGAAAGAGACCGGCUGCCGACUUGGAGACACUUGCAGGUUUUGCCACUUUUGCUCUAGAGAACAAGCGAAAUCAGAUCGUCUCCGGGUGAAAUACGAAGUGCGCAGAAACAAGCGGCUGAGAUCCCUUCAUGGCAUCUUGGCCUCAUGGUAUUGGGGGGGCGGAUGUACUCCAAAGGGGUAUUCUGCAGGAUUCUGCACGGAUGUUGGACUUUGA